AUGUUCCACUUUUUUCCAGCACAACCUGCAUUUAAUGAAAAUUCGCGGCAGUUUUAUGAAAACGCUAAUAUGUACCGGUUGUUGAUUUUAUUUCUUAUUUGUGAGUAUUAUGUAGUGGACGUGCACGAAUUUAAUACGCGAGGAUUAAUUAAUAAGUUGUUUUUACCUACUCAGGUGACUGUUAGCAAAUUACCACCGGUACUUGAGUAUGUUCUUCAAAGAAUUCAAACCAUAAAUUCAAACUAUGUACACGAGGAUUUAAGCAGACCGCCCACUUGGAACAGACCUAUAUAUACUUUACCUAUAAUUACGAAACCAACUGAGGUAGUAACAGAAGAAAACGUGGUACAUUCUAUGGAACAUACUGAAAAUAAACCUGAAAAUCUAUUCGAAAUCAUACCUAAGGUAGAAGACAAUAAGAGUACCACAGAAAAAUUAUGGGAACUAAUAAACAGUACGAAAGGUGAUAAAAAUGAAAGUUUUGUUUAUAUCACCCCUAGGCCAUUUACUAAUAAACCAAAUGAAGAGUCUGAUGAUGGAAAAUAG